AUGCGCAACGCACAAAAUAAAAAGAGGAACGAGCCAGGCCAAACACAAUUUAUACAACAUAUUUUAGUCAGUAUUCCAAAUGACCCCAUCUUUAACCCAACAAGCCACUCAAUCCUUGAGUUAAACGAACAAGCAACAGACAACAUCCACCAACACGCUACAGGCGUCAACAUCACACGGAAGGGGAUCAAGAUUUUGGUUUCAGGUUUGUAUUUCGUGUACAGCAGCGUCAACUUUAAGCCUAAUUCCACACGUUUUUCAGCUGACUUUCAUUAUCAGACGUGGUUCCAGUACAUCAGCAGACGAUCAGCCACCAGCCCAGUUUUAUCUGGCGUCUUAUUGAGAACUGUUCACACCUGUUGUAGCAACUGUACAGGUACUCAGGAGACGGCUUAUACAGGUGGGUUUUUUUACCUGCUGAAGGAUGAUGUGAUACAAAUGAUUGUAUCAGGUCAAGGUUUAAUAGAUGUUGGUCCUGGAGUGUCGUACCUUGGACUGUUUUUGUUACAUUGUAAUGGGUAG